UAUCAUAUAUCCAUAAUGGGUGAGACAAAUUUUGUCUACCCCGUAUAGUAUUCAGCACUCAAUACAGCACUGUACUCUCGUGGUGAGUGGCUUAAAUUAUCAAAAAUACGAAGUAGAUAGAGAGGCAGGGGAAGGGAGAACGAAAGAGAUGAGCUGGUGUUGUAAUCUUUCUCCUCCAAGAAGUCGGCUUCUAGUGGGGGAUUACUCUUUACAAUUAAAGAAUCUUGAUCUUAAGCUUCUUUCUCUGCGAAAUAAGCAGAAGAGGAGGCAAUUCCAAAGGGCUUCAAAACUCGUGGCUUACUAUGGAUUGAAGACACCUCCUUAUCCACUCGAUGCCCUAGAACCGUAUAUGAGCCGAAAGACACUAGAGAUACACUGGGGAGAACAUCACCGAGCCUAUGUGGAAGGAUUGAACAAACAACUAGCAAAGGAUGAUAUCUUAUAUGGGUAUACAAUGGAUGAACUUGUCAAAGUAACUUAUAACAAUGGAAACCCCUUUCCCGAAUUCAACAAUGCCGCUCAGGUAUUUGUCUGGAAUCAUGACUUCUUUUGGGAAUCCAUGCAACCAGCAGGAGGGGAGAUGCCCGAACUUGGGGUGCUCCAGCAGAUUGAGAAGGAUUUUGGUUCCUUCACAAAUUUCAAAGAGAAGUUUAUAGAAGAAGCUCUUACACUAUUUGGCUCUGGUUGGAUUUGGCUUGUCUUGAAGAGAGAAGAGAGACAACUUGCUAUAAUUAAAACAUCAAAUGCCAACAAUCCGCUUGUAUGGGAUGAUAUUCCAAUCAUCUGUUUAGAUAUGUGGGAGCAUGCUUAUUAUCUGGAUUAUAAGAAUGACAGGGGGAAGUAUGUGAAUGCAUUCAUGAAUCACCUGAUCUCUUGGAACGCAGUGAUGGCACGCAUGGCUCGUGCAGAGGCUUUUGUUAAUUUAGGUGAGCCAAAAAUUCCGGUUGCUUGAACUUUUGGUGCCAAACGUCUAUGAUUAAAUGGUAAGAGCGGAACCUAGAUAGAACGCGGAGCGCCGGCUCCCGACCGCUGAUAAUUCAUCCUUUGAGGACCAUUAUAGAGGAAGAUGCAGUCGUGUAAAAUGUGCUAUUUCUUUCAUGUUUCCUCUAGUUUAAUUCUUAUCUCAUUGUGAUAGAAACAGGUGAGUUUGGAUUAGGGACUGCCGGAGUAUCAGGUAUUUUUGGAAGAGUAAGAGGUAGUUUUGUAGAAUCUCAUUGUACUAGUUAGUCUGCCCACGUUUAAAGAAAUCAGUAUUGCUUUUUGGGUUA